CCCAUUUAAAUAUAAGCUCCAAUGAAAGGAUUCAAGCAUAAGAGAGAUCUGUUGAGCAGCAGAGAUUCAAGAGGACGAAGUGUUAAGAGCAUUAUGGACUUUUCAACAACAGUGAUCUUGGCAGGGCUGAUCGUAGCUCUAUUGUGGCUGUUUAGUGUCAGAAACAGAAGAAAGUAUCGUCUGCCUCCAGGACCCUAUGCGCUUCCUCUAGUAGGAAACUUGCCACAGCUUGACAAAAAUGCACCUUUUAAAAGCUUUCUCAAGUUCAGUGAAACCUACGGUCCUGUGAUGACAGUGUACCUGGGCUGGCAGCGGACGAUUGUUCUGGUAGGAUACGAUGCCGUGAAAGAGGCUCUGGUGGACCAUGCAGAUGACUUCACUGGCAGAGGUCCACUGCCGUUUCUGAUGAAAGCGACCAAUGGCUACGGUUUGGGGAUCAGUAACGGGGAACGCUGGCGCCAACUUCGACGUUUCACACUGACAACCUUAAGAGACUUUGGGAUGGGACGCAAAGGCAUGGAACAGUGGAUCCAAGAAGAGAGCCAACAUUUGAGGGAUCGCGUAAAAACGUUCAAAGCCAAGCCAUUUGACCCCUCAUUCUUGUUGAGUCUCAGCGCGUCCAAUGUGAUCUGCUGCCUGGUGUUUGGCCAACGCUUCAAAUAUGAAGAUGAGAAGUUCCUGUCUCUUCUGCAGAUACUAACAAAAACCUUGAAAUUUGCUAGUAGUCCCUGGGGUCAGAUGUACAACGUCUUUCCCCGCAUCGUGGAGCAUCUUCCCGGCAGCCAUAACACUGCUUUUGCCCAGAUUCAGGAGAUAAGAGGGUUUGUGUCCAUGCAGAUCCAAGAGCACAAAGAGACAAUGGACCCAAGCUCACCGAGGGACUUUAUUGACAGCUUUCUCAUCCGAAGCAAUCAGGAAAAGGACAUUCCUUCAACGGAGUUCCACCAUGAAAACUUGGUCUCGACUGUGCUGAAUCUCUUCCUGGCAGGAACGGAAACAACCAGCUCAACCAUUAGAUAUGCCCUCAGUUUGUUCAUAAAAUACCCAGACAUACAGGAGAAAAUGCAGCAUGAGAUUGACACUGUGAUUGGACAAAGUUGUCCUAGCAUGGAGAACAGGAAGUCCCUCCCCUUUACUGAUGCAGUCAUCCAUGAGGUGCAGCGCUUUCUGGACAUUGUCCCAUUCAGCCUCCCUCACUACACACUCCAUGACAUCUCUUUCAGGGGUUACACAAUCCCCAAGGAGACUGUGAUUAUUCCUUUGCUUCACUCUGUGCUGAAAGACGAAAAGCAUUGGGAGACUCCCUGGACCUUCAACCCUAAGCACUUCCUGGACCAGAAUGACAACUUUAAGAAAAAUCCUUCUUUCAUGCCUUUUUCUGCAGGGAAGAGAGCCUGUGUUGGUGAGUCUCUGGCUCGUAUGGAGCUUUUUAUCUUCCUAGUGUCACUGCUGCAGAAUUUCACUUUUUCCUGCACUGGAGGCCCCGACACUAUCAACCUCAAUCCAGAGUACAGCAGCUUCGCCAAUGUGCCUCACUCCUCCGAGAUCAUCGCCACGCCGCGUUGAGAGUCAAGGCCGACUACAUACCAUAUAUUGCUGUUCUUGGGUUUUGCAAUGUUUGAUGUGCAGAUAAUAAUAAUAAUAGAUUCAUUUUGUUAGCGCUUUUACAGGUGCUCAAAGACGCUUUACAGAUAUAGUGAAAAAAUGAUUGCUAUUAUUAUUAUUUUGCUAAAUGAUUGCAAAAUAAUGUUUGCUGUUACCUGGUGAAUAUACAGACUAUCAACUAACAUUAGGAAGUGUUCUCUCCAAGAAUAAUUUUGCAUCCUCCUGUCGACAACCCUGGUUUUGUUUCUCUUCUUAAUAAAAAAUAUAAAAAUAAA